AUGGAGCCACAAGCUCACAUUCACUCGAAUAUUAAUAUUGCUGCUCUUCGCAAGCCGUAUAAACAACCGCACGAAUUUUUCGGUAUCGAACAUCUCGUAGCGAAAGAACCAAUCAGUCAAUUCAAAAAAUGGUUCGAAGAAGCAUAUGAAUAUGUCGACGAACCAAAUGCGUUUUGUUUGUCAACAGCGACAAAAGACGGAGUGCCGUCCAGUCGAUUUUUAUUGAUGAAAGAUUUCGACGAGAAUGGCUUCAAGUUUUUCACAAAUUAUGAUAGUCGAAAAGGGCAAGAACUCGAAAGCAAUCCAGUAGCAUCGAUGUGUUUCUAUUGGUCAUCGAUGUCACGAUCGAUUCGAAUCGAUGGUCGAGUGGAGAAAUUAUCGGAUGUUGAAUCUAAAGAAUAUUUUCAAUCGCGUCCGCGUGAUUCACAAAUUAGUGGAGCGAUCAGUAAACAAAGUCAACCUAUACCGAGCCGACAAUUUUUACUUGAUCAACGGCAGAAAUAUAUCGACAGUGAUUUACCAAUUGAGAAGCCGGAACGAUGGGGUGGUUUUCGUGUCGUACCACACACUAUUGAAUUUUAUCAAGGUCAAAGCAAUCGAUUAUCUGAUCGUAUCCAAUUUCGUCGUCUUACAUCUAAUGCCAAGGAAACCAUUCCAAUAGAUCCAGCUAUUACUCAUCAAGGAACCGAUGGCUGGGUCUACGAACGAUUGUCACCGUGA